CCGGGUUCGGGGAAGCAGCAUGGCGGCGUCCAUCGGUGUCCAUCUGGAGUUCAGAGGUGGUGCUGAGCUGCUCUUCAAUGGGGUGAAGGAGCAGGACGUCAGAUUGCCGAACCAGUCAGCGCCAUGGGAUAUUCGGCAGCUUCUGGUGUGGAUCAAAACCAAUAUGUUGAAGGAUCGGCCAGAGCUUUUCAUUCAAGGUGACACCGUGAGGCCCGGCAUCCUCGUCCUGAUUAACGACUCCGACUGGGAAUUAAUGGGCCAAUUGGAUUAUACACUGGAAGACCGAGAUAACGUUGUGUUUAUAUCAACUUUACACGACCUGAAAGACGUAGAAAAACCUCCUCCCUAUUACGAGAGAAAAACCCUUAAGCAGUGUCCGAUGAUAACAGGAAGAGUGGAUCUAAAUGGAGAAAUUAAAGUCUGGGAUACCGAGGAGGAACUACGGAAGGAAAAACAGAAAGAGCCAGAGAUUGAUCAAGGGGAAGGACCAAUCGAGCCAGGCGAUCAGGUCUACGUGCGAGCGUUUCGAAGAAAGUGGAACGAACCCAGAAGGGAAGAGCCCUUUAUAGUAACCAAAGCAUCACCCACCGCAGUUCAAGUGGAAGGACGCUCCACCUGUCUCCAGCGCUUUUUUGUCUCCACCCCCGCCCCUGCCCCUGCCCCUGCCCCGCUUGCUGACGCGUCCCGACCCGCUCCUGGGGAUACGGGCAGCGCCAGAGUGCGGGGAGAGCGCGAAAGGAUGGCCGUUUGCGCGGCGCUGUUCCUGACCCUCCUGUCCCGACCACUCACUACCACCGCCUACUUCUCCGAGGAGCGGCAGCCCUUGGAGUCGCCGCUGCAGAGCCCCACCGUGCUGAUCGCCAUCAUAGCCAGGAAUUCGGCCCACACCCUGCCCUAUUACCUGGGGGCUCUCGACAGACUGGACUACCCGAAGGACCGGAUCUCCAUCUGGGUGGCAACUGAUCAUAACAUAGACAACACGACUGCCAUCCUCAGAGAGUGGCUCAUCGGUGUCCAGAGGUUUUACCACUACGUAGAGUGGCGGCCAAUGGAUGAACCAAGAUCAUAUCCGAAUGAACUGGGCCCUAAACACUGGACCCAAACCAGAUUUGAAUACAUCAUGAAGCUGAAGCAAGCUGCGCUCAAGUCUGCCAGGAAACAAUGGGCGGAUUACAUCUUGUACGUGGACACAGAUAAUAUUCUGACCAAUAACCAAACACUUAGACUGCUGAUGGCGGAGAACAAGACUGUGGUAGCUCCAUUGCUGAUCUCCCAGACAGCUUACUCCAACUUCUGGUGCGGGAUCACUCCUCAGGGUUACUACCGCAGGACGGCAGAGUAUUUCCCGACUCGGCAUCGCCAGAGGUUAGGCUGCUUCCCCGUUCCCAUGGUGCACUCCACCGUCCUGAUCGACCUGCGCAAGGAAGCCGCGCAGAGCCUGGCAUUUUACCCGCCACACCCGGACUAUUCCUGGGCCUUCGAUGACAUCAUGGUGUUUGCAUUUUCCUGUCGUGCCUCAGAGGUCCAGAUGUAUGUGUGCAACAAAGAGCCAUACGGUUUUAUCAACGUUCCUGGCAAGCCCCAGAGCACACUGGAGGACGACAACCUGAACUUCAUCCAUCUAAUGUUGGACGCAAUGAUUUUUGGGCCCCCGAUGUCACCAUCACAGUUCACCUAUCUCCCGCCCAGGUAUCCGGAUAAGAUGAACUUUGAUGAGGUUUAUCUAAUAAACCUCAAGCGGCGUCCGGAUAGACGGGAGAGGAUGCUGCAGGCACUGUACGAGCAGGAGAUUGACUGCAAGAUAAUAGAUGCAGUGGAUGGAAGUGCUUUGAACAGUAGCACCUUAAAAGCUAUGGGAAUUAGAAUGUUGCCAGGAUAUUCUGACCCAUACACAGGAAGGAGUUUGACCAAGGGAGAAAUUGGAUGUUUUCUUAGCCAUUAUUCCAUCUGGAAAGAGGUGGUGGAUCGAAAGCUGAAGAAAGCAGUGGUGUUUGAAGAUGACGUGAGGUUUGAGGGCCACUUUAAGAGGAAGCUGUUGAGAUUGCUGGACGAAAUUGAGGAUGUCGACAUGGAAUGGGACCUUAUCUACCUUGGCCGUAAAUUGGUCAAUCCCAGUCAGGAGCAGGCUGUGCUGGAUGUCCGUAACUUGGUGGUGGUUGAAUAUUCAUACUGGACGCUGGCGUAUGUCAUUUCACAGCAGGGUGCUGAGAAACUGGUUAACUCUCAGCCAUUUAACAAGAUGCUGCCUGUGGACGAAUUCCUUCCUAUCAUGUACGACAAGCACGUGAAUGAAGAAUACAAGAAGGCUUACCCCAAACGAGACUUGCUGGCCUUUUCUAUCCACCCCCUCCUUGUAUACCCCACCUACUAUACUGGAGAUCCCGAAUGGUUCAGCGACACUGAGACCUCUACCAUUUGGGAUGAUGACUUGGUGAAGACGGAUUGGAGUGGCUCUCAGAAAACAGUGAAGGCCUCACAGGCAGGAGCCUCACGCCAAUCCAUUGGAUCUUUAUCAAGAGAUGAACUGUAAUUUUCAGCGUCGGUGUAAGUUUUCAGAAAGUGAACAUUCUCAGGAAUUUGAUUUCGGACUGACAGAACUACCAAAUAAUGAAUGAAGAUCGUCCAGCUGCAAAGUUGUGAACUUCUAUCAAAACUCAUCUGCCAGAUGCAGGCCACACAUCUAGACAGAGGCAUGUAGGACGAACAGAAAAAUUAUUCAGUCCCAUCUCAGCACUUUAACUGCGGGUAGUAUGAAGGUGGCACCCAUUACAUAAAAGGCACAGCCCUUACAAACAAAGCAUUGAAUAAUAUGCAAACUAGAAUGAUCCAACUCAUCAACAAGACAAGCAAAAUAUUGUAUGAGUAGAUAGAUCCUUCAAGACCUUUGAACUGCAAAAGGCAUAUUUGACCUAAACCCAACUCACUCCUAUUAUGUAAUCGAACAAUGUUAAAGGGAAUGCCUGUGCUUAAGCGGACUAGUGGAACCUUCCGCUGGUCCUGUGUGCUCCCAGUGUUAAGAAGCAAAGGCCGUUUAGGUAUAGAGAGGAUUUGCCCUGCCCUGUAAGAUUGUAAGAGGGAUAAUAUGAGUUCAAUGUCAAGUGCAGGCAGAGUGGAGCAAGUAUCCUUUGUGCAUUAUUUCAUUCAACUGUCCAGUGAAUUUGGGUGAGCAACUCUUUGAAACUCCCAGGUAGUGAAAUAGCAAAGCUGUAAGAUAUUGAAAACUACAUUCCGAAAUAAAUCUGCUCUCACUCCAUCGCCUUCUGUAAAUGGCCAUCUCCUGCUGUGGUGUAAUCCAUGCAGUCAGAGUUCCAGAAUUAUCUGAUCUUAGCUAACAUAGCGACGGCAGCAGAGGCAUCCUUGGUGCAACAUGGAGUUCAUGAGAUAAAGAUCUAUGUGCAGAUACUGGGAAAGAUCAGUUCCUCUGUCAUCGGACAAACCACACCUAGCGGGUAUUACUGGGAAGACUGUAAAAGAAGUUCAUUAGGAACAACCAAGCAACUUAAGACUAUUCUAGACUUUAAUAUUUCCAUUGGCCAAUGCUCUUGAUAUUGAAUUCUAAACAAUAAACAUUAAGCUUAAGUUCAACGCCACUACAGUCCUUCACUAUCACUACCUUUAGUGAGAAGAUGAAUAGUUCAAAAUGUCUUGUUUUCUUUCUUAAAAUGCUUCUAACCAACAUAAAAAUAGAAGUGUGAUUUUUCCAACAAAGUUGAUUCCCAGCUAUGUCAUUUUGUUUAACUGGUUACAAUUAAAUGUUGUUUCUCCUCCCAUUUUUUGCUUUCCCCGCCAUAGUUGGAGGUUCAAAGAUUGAAGAAACUCCAACUAUUUCAGUUAAAAGUGGAUAUCAUUCAUACCGAGUAGAGAGAGGGUGUGCCUGAAAUACUGUUCAGGUUAAACCCUUAUAGGGUUCAAAGUGAGAAAGAUAUACACACAAAUGUCAGCAAGGCGAGAGGAGUGAAGCUCACAGACUGGACAGUGAAGAGCAUGAACAGCCAGCUACUAAAAUGGGCCUUGGCAAAAGCAUGAGCUCCAGAGUAAGCUUUGAUGGACAGAAUGUGGCCUUCCAAAUCUGUGCCCACCUUGUGACUCAAGUUUUGGAUUCAAAUGUGCCUUUUAGAGAUUUAAUCUUAACUGGGCAAAAGGCUUCUGUGCUCUCAUGCUCCCUGCUGCAACCUUGGUCACUCUUUGUCUAUCAAGAAGUGGGCAGAAGUUCAACCAAUGCUGCAGAAGACAAAGGUUCUAAACUGGAGCAGGGAAGCAGUAAAGCUGCCCUUAAGGUCAAUCAGUAAUGUUGUCUAGUACCUCUCUUUGUAUACUGCAUUUCAUUGUAAACCUUAGAAAUGGGAGCAUUUCCUUGGGAUGUAUCACUGUUGUGCUUCAGAUUAAUAUUUUCUUCACCACACUUUACACUGUUCAGCUGGUCUGAGUUUAAAAAAAAAAGACAUUAUAAAUUAAAUAUUUGUUUUCUUCAUCCUCUUCACCGGUCCUUUGCCUGUGUGUGGACUGGAAAGGUUUAGAGGCAUGGGGACCAAAUGCAGACUAAUGAGGAGGAACUUAAUUAAGCAGAGGGUGGUGAAUCUGUGGAAUUAAUUACCACAGAUGGCUGUAGAGGCCAUUAUUGGGCAUAUUUAAGGCAGAGGUUGAUAGGUUCUUGAUUAGUAAGUGCAUCAAAGGUUAUAG